UAAGCAACCAAGCUUCCGUCUAUCUGGCAUCGCUAGCAACAGCUGACAUCUGAUGAAACGAGCGAAAGAGACGCAUAGAGAAGUUAGAAGGAAAUCGGGACGCUUGCUUUAUUGGGCGGCUUAAAUAAAUACCGAAUCCCAGCCAGCGGCCGGAAUGCUGCCGUCCACGGGCCUCUUUAAGGGUUUCCUGUGUCCAUACUUUGAUGGCCAGGAUGCGGAGACAUGCCGGCGACCCUUUUGUCACUUCAAGCACGCCCGCAAAGACGAUGUAGAGGCCGCUCCGCCCGCCGAACCCGUUCCCGUGCCCCAGUACAAGCCGGCGCCCAAGCUGCUCUCCCUGCCGUUGCCCCAGAUCACGUUAUGUGCGCCUCGAAAGAAGUCCACUUUGGAGUACCACCCGGAAAAGCCGGCUCUGAAUGCUUCGCCAGCUAAGAAAAAGCAAGAGGCGGCUGUGGAGAGUGCUCCCAAAUAUGUACCCGCGCAUCCAUCUGGCACAAAUGGUGACGGAGGCGACGACGACUGGCAGGCUGAUCUUGAGAAAGAGAUCGAUGAGCAAAUGCAGGUGGAAAUUGACGACCCUGGCGAGGACGGCGAUCUCGAAGAGGAUGUCCAAAUGGUGUCCAAGGAAGAGGAGGUUGAGCAGGACGAACAGCCAAAGAGUGUCACGGAAAACCACAAAAAGGAACACAAAUCGAGCAAGGAGCGGGAAAGGGAUAAGGAAAAGGUCAGAGAACGAGACAAGGUCAAGGACCGGGAGAAGGACAGAGACAGGAAUAGGGAUAAGGAUAAGGAAAAAAACAAAGACAAGGACAAAGAUAAGGAAAUAAAGGACAAGGAUAAGGACAAGCGAAAGUCAUCCCACAGCGACAAGGAACGCUCUAAGGAGAGGCACACCUCAAGCUCCAGUUCCUCAAGGCACAAGUCUUCCUCUAGCUCUUCAAGCAAGAAGUCGUCCAGCAGCGACAAGCAUCGCGACGAGAAGAGCUCCAGCAGCAGGCACAAAAGCAGUUCCUCAUCAUCCGCAUCGAAGAGUCAUCACCACAACUCUAGUUCCUCGAGUUCCUCGCGCUCAAAGUCAAAAAGCAGUUCGUCGUCCAGCAAAAGCACUAGCAAUUCUAAAAGCGAUACAGAUGCCGAAAAGAAAGCAGAAGCUGCUGCGGUACCGCAAGCGGAUGCCAUUGAUGAUCUCGAUGAACUGGACUUUGACUUCGAAGUAGAUACCUCCGAGGGGGAGAUUGUGCGUCAAUGCGAGAUGAUCUUUGACGAGAUGGAGAAGAAGUUCGCUCAGAUGCACAAAGACGGAGAAGGAGAAGCCAACGCAGAAGGCUCUCGCAAGCGCAAGGCUCCUUCGCCGGACAUUGACACCUUCACCGAGGCAGCGACGGCGGCUCUCCAGAAACGGAGGGUGGCCCACGAGAAUGCGGACAGAAUUAAACCACAUUUGGCACCUUCGGUAUCGGUGCGUAAGCCAAAUCAUAUCCGUAAUGCUAUGCAGGCGAUCUUCGAUCGGCGCGCAGAGCUGCGUCGCCAGGAGAAACUUCAAGCCGAGGCCGCUGCCGAGCAGCUACGUCAGGCCCAGGAGCGAGUGCGCCAAGCGCAGGAGGAACUCCGUCAGGCCAAGGUUAACUCAAACCUCACGCCCCUCAUCCCGCGAAGUGCUUUGACUCCACCAGUGCGUUCAGCUCGCAGCAUUGCUCCCGUGGCCAACAUAGUGGCCAUCGCUCGGGCCAAGAAAAAGAUUGAGGAGCUUCAAGCUGAAAAAAAACCCGCUUUUACGCCUGCGCAAUCCUUCAAGGGUGCCGGACGGGUGGCCCAUAAACCCACGGCUGCGUUGGACAAAGCUGCUCCUGCGGCCAGUGAGGCCAAUGCCGAAAAGCCCCCUGUUCUUGAUCCCAGCAGUUCUAAGAUAUCGUACAACGUUCGCAUGCAGUAUUACGAGAUGAUGGUGAAGCAUUGCACCGUCAUCUACCCACAGCUGGCAGAUGCCUGGGAGCGGGCACAGGUUGAAGAGUUGGCAGUCUUCAAGAAGUGCAACACACCUGCCAUAUACAAGAACAGCUGUAUGUUGGCUAUAAACAAGCUCCGCAAGGAGGCCAUUGAGGCGGGAAACAGACCAAGCGUGGCCAGUAAGACGGUGUCACAUGAGAUGAUGUUGGGUGGCAAGCGGGCGCUCACCACAUCCUGGAGUGUAGAGAAAAAGGAAAAACUUGGCUCCAUGGGCAAUGGUGAACCUUUCGAUGCUUUAAACGCUGAAAAAGCAUAUGAAAUGGUCUUCGAUCUUCGCUUGACAGAAGAGCAGCUGGUGGAAAACGGAUAUCCGCGACCGGGUAUGAAACGCGGAUCUGCUGUGAUUCGCGCUUGCCGUCCCAACCGUCGACCUAACGAGCAUGAACGCUAUUGCUCCCGCUGCGGCAAGGUGUUUAGCUUGGACAUAUAUGAGCACCCGGGUUCCGACAUGUGUAACUACCACCCGAAAAGUACAGGCUACCGACGAGGAUUCACCGACAACCACCAUCGUUGCUGCCAACAGCCGUCGGGAACGCCGGGAUGUACCUAUGCGAAUUACCACGUUAGCGACUAUUACGAUCCGGAAAAGCUCACCUGCUUCGUCAAGACGAUCGAGCGGGAUGAGGUGGUGCCCACCAAGAAGGACAUAUUCGCCUUGGAUUGCGAGAUGUGCUACACCACGCACGGAAUUGAAUUGACGCGUGUCACGGUGGUAGACAUUAAUGGACGCAGUGUUUACGAUGCUUUGGUGAAGCCGGACAACCAGAUUGUAGACUAUAAUACCACCUACUCGGGCAUUACAGAAGCCAUGCUCUCAAAAGAGACGCGUAACAUACGCGAUGUUCAGGCCGUUCUGAUGUCCAUGUUUCAUGCCAAAACUGUGCUCGUUGGUCACAGUUUGGAGAGCGACCUGAAGGCACUCAAACUCAUUCAUGACGUUGUGGUGGACACUUCGGUGCUAUUUCCUCACAAGAUGGGACCACCCAAAAAGCGUGCUUUAAAGACACUGUGCAUAGAAAACCUCAAAAGGAUUAUACAGGAAAAUGAGGCCGGUCAUGACAGUGCUGAGGAUGCUGAGGUGUGUAUCCAGCUCAUCAAGUACUAUCUGCGCAACAAAAUCAGUUGAGCUGUGUUCAUUUACCACCAUCAGCAAUCAGUUCAAAAGCAUAACAUACAUACAUCUGUUAAUAUGUAUUCCAUGCCCAUCAAAAUCAAAGCCUUAGCCCCUAAUCGAUCCAUAUUUUGUAAGAUCAAUCUGUAUUUAUAAAUAAAUCAUUAAGCUGACACGGGAAA